AGAGGGAGAAUGUAUUAAUUUUGAAAAGAUUGAAAUUAAAAUGUAAUCCCCAUAAUUCUCUUGUUCCACUGGGAAGGAAUGCAGGUGUCAACCAAGUUGAGAACAGAAAUUGGAGAACAAAUAAAUUCAGAUUUGAUCCUAAAAGCUCCUCCUAAGUCCUAACUCCGACCUGUUUCCCGCCAAGCAAUUCAUUCGUUCCCCGCCGGCGGACGCACAGGAUGUACGCGACGAGCUCUCGCCACCACUCACAGCCAGCGCCGCCACCAGAGCCGCCGCGUACAUGUUCUCAGGGCCACCGCACGACUCUGAUCCUCCAGACGGAGGAAGGCGGAUCCAUCUGCCUGCUGUGCUUCUCGAACCUUAUCUCCAAUCCCCGAUCGCCUACCGUCCACGUGUCCUACGCACUCUCCCAGCUCUCCAUCGCCAUCUCUCAGCCGCAGUUCCGCCAGGCGUUUUUCACCUUCCACUCUCAUUUCCUCAUCUCGCCUCUCGUCGCCGUCCUCUCCUCAUUCGACGAUGAUCCGAUCGCUCAACAGACGGUGGAUUUGAUCGUGCAGAUUUGUGAUGCCGCCAACUUCGAUGUGUUUCAGGAGUUCGUGACUCGAGUCUCAGACAGGUUAUCCAGUGGAUCUCUUGCUUGGAGUCGGCGCCAGAACUACACUCUUCACUGCUUAGGCGUGCUUUUGAAUUCUCAGAAAAAUGAAGCUUGUGUGUCCAUUAAAGAUGCAGAUGCCCUCAUCUUCAACCUUGUUGAUGGUCUUCAUAUAUCUAGGGAGGAGAUUCAAGCAGAGAUCCUGUUUGUCCUGUACAAAAUAUUUCUUCUACUGCAAUCUAAUAAAGACAAUAACUAUACUGACAGUUUAUUCCUUCAUUGUCCCAAGCUAGUCCAAUUAUCAUUGGAAGUUCUCCUGAAAGCUGAAAGCGAUGAUCUGUGCAUGAACUGCAUAGCACUUCUGACAGUAUUGGCUCAGAAAGGCUUGUUUCAGAUUAUAUCCAUCAGUGAUGCAAGGAGAAACAUUUCCUCUGAUGUUCAAGAUAUGUUGCAAACAUCACAAGAUACAAUGGCGGGACCUCCUUUAGUUCAACUGUUUGCCGAGGCGAUCAAAGGCCCCUUGCUUUCUUCAGAUAGUCAAGUUCAAGUUGCAACUCUGGACUUACUCCUUCUAUUUCUCUCAUGGGAAGAAGUCUCGAGCAAAGAAAUGGAAGUGUUUGUGGAGCAAAAUAUUGCAGAUUACACAUUUGAAAUAUUGAGGUUGUCAGUUGAGUCAUCCCAAACAAAAGGUGCUCCAACCCUUAGCACUUGCAUGUCUGUGCUUCUUGUAAAGAGUUUCAUUGAUUCUGUGACAUUGUUCAUUAAUAGACACCCUCCAACAUGAAGAUAUGUGGGGUUAAGGUUUGGUUUUGAGUCAGUUUAUUUACUGAUUUUUAAAAACAUCAAUUUUGUAAUGAUCAAGUUAGUUGACACCAGAAAUAUUUAGAUGUCAUAGUUAGUGUGUUGUGUCAACAUUGGCUCAAAACGGCUAUAUGAAUUGUAUUUAG